CGCUACCUCUCUUGAAUCCAAUGAUCCAUGAUUUAUGGACGAUAAGAGGUGUGCUACUGCCACCAAAGAGUGAUGCUAAUGGUCAGAAUUGGCCCUUUAUCAUGACUCACAGUUCCAUACACAUAAGAGUCAUUGGACAAAGGCGUCUUCUGUACAGGGGUCGUUUUGUUAAGAGCCUUGACGCUCGAUCUGAACAUUAACACGCGUCGCUUAAAACAGUGUACAGUGACGCAAGGAGCGGCGUUUCUCCUCUGUCCGGUUCUACGGUGGGAUAUGGAAACAUGGCGAACGGUGAAAUAGCAGCGGAACAGGAACGCAUCCUACGGGAGAUAGAGAGCACAGACACCAACUGUAUCGGGCCGACACUCCGGUCUGUGUAUGAUGGAAGGGAGCAUGGGUUGUUCAUGGUGAAGCUGGACGGGAGGAUUCGUAACCAUGACAGAGACAUUGAGAAGAUGUGUAACCACCACUUCCAAGGCUUCGUUGACUCCAUCACUGAACUACUGAAAGUCAGGGGAGAGGCACAGAAACUCAAGAGUCAGGUGACUGACACCAACCAGCGUCUCCAGGACGACGGGAAAGGGCUCCUAACCUGUAUGGAUGAAAUGAGACAAUGUCGUCUGCAACAGAGAAACAUCGCCACGACCAUUGACAAGCUCACACACUGUCUACCAGUGUUGGAGAUGUACAGCAAGCUACAGGAACACAUGAGGCUGAAAAGGUACUAUCCAGCGCUGCGGACCCUAGAGCUGCUGGAACAGACCUGUCUCCCCAGAGCGGGCCAGUACAGGUUCUGCUCCAUCAUGUCUGACAAUAUCCCCAGACUGAGGACCCUCAUCAGAGACACAGCCAUGUCUCAACUCAAAGACUUCCUGGAGAGCAUCAGGAAACAUUCAGACAAGAUAGGAGAGACUGCCAUGAAACAGGCCCAGGUCCAGCGCUCGUUGGACAGCACCGUGUCACUCCAACAGAGAGCUGCGGUUGGUCGACGGCUGAGGAAGGAGGCGGGACUAGGGGCGGGGACUGAUGUUGACGGACAGGGCAGCGGCCCAAUGACUAAACAAGACUCUGCAGUACUGGAUGUAGACGGGGAGGAGGAUGAAGAUGAGGUACCAGGGGCCCAGGGGCUGGUAGACUUUUCUCCAGUGUACCGAUGCCUCCACAUCUACACCGUUCUGGGUUCCCGGGAGCAGUUUGAGAACUACUACAGGAAGCAGAGAAGGAAACAGGCUCGCCUCGUUCUGCAACCCCACUCUAACAUGCACCAAUCCUUGGAGGGAUACAGGAGGUACUUCAAUCAAAUAGUAGGGUUCUUCGUGAUAGAGGACCAUAUUCUCCACACUACCCAGGGAUUGGUGAACAGGGCCUAUGUCGAAGAGCUGUGGGAGCUAGCACUGUCCAAGACCAUCGCUGCCCUGCGCACACACUCAUCGUACUGCGCUGACCCAGACCUGGUGUUGGAUCUGAAGAAUCUCAUUGUGCUGUUAGCAGACACACUGCAGGGCUACGGGUUCCCGGUGUCUCAGCUGUUUGACAUGAUGUUGGAGAUGAGAGAGCAGUAUGGAGAGAUACUGCUGAAGAAAUGGAACCUCACAUUCAGGCAGGUGUUGGAUCAGGAUAACUUUAGUCCCAUCCCCGUGGCAACAGAGGAGGAACACAGACGGUUCACUUCCCAGUUCCCCUUCCAAGACCCUGAACUGGACAAGCUUCCGUUCCCUAAAAAGCUUCCGUUCUCUGAGUUUGUUCCUAAAGUCUACUCUCAGCUCAAAGAGUUCAUCUACGCCUGUCUCAAGUACUAUGAAGACCUUCACCUCAGCUCUACAGAGAUUGAUGAUAUUAUCCGUAAGUCGACCAACCUGCUGUUAACCAGAACACUCAGUAACUGUCUACAGCAUGCCAUCAAGAAGAAGAACGUAGGACUGACUGAGCUGGUUCAGGUGAUCAUCAACACCACCCAUCUGGAGGCAUCCUGUGUCUACCUGGAGGAGUUCAUCUCCAACAUCACUAACGUUCCAACUGAUACCGCCAAUGCUACCAAGCUCUAUGGGACUUCCACCUUUAAGGACGCUAGACACGCAGCAGAAGAGGAGAUCUACACCAAUCUGAACGCCAAGAUCGACCAGUUCCUCCAGCUGGCUGACUAUGAUUGGACAGCAGCCCAGGGGGGCGGAGCUCCCAGCGACUACCUGAGUGACCUCAUAGCCUUCCUCUGCUCCACCUUCUCGGUCUUCACACACCUGCCGGGUAGUGCCGUAGAACACGCUAGACUACCGGGUAAAGUAGCCCAGACAGCCUGUAUGUCAGCCUGUCAGCACCUCUCCACCUCUCUAGUCCAGCUGCUACUGGAGACAGACGUCAGACAGGUGUCUAUGGGGGCUCUGCAGCAGUUCAACACAGACGUCAAGGAGUGUGAGAGGUUUGCCAGAGCAGGGCCGGUACCCGGCUUCCAAGGAGACACACUGCUGCUCGCCUUCUCUGACUUGAGACAAUUGUUAGAUCUGUUUACCCAAUGGGACUGGUCUACGUAUCUAGCUGACUAUGGAAGACCCACCUGCAAAUACCUGAGAGUCAACCCUCAAACAGCCCUAGCACUGCUGGAAAAGAUUUCUCGAUGGAUGAAAGACACUAGUCGUAAGAACAACAUGUUUGCUCAGUUCAGGAAGAACGAACGAGACAAACAGAAACUCAUCGACACCGUGGUCAAACAGCUACGCAACCUCAUCUCCGCCCACCAGACCUGAAUGGAGCCAUCCUAUUGGUUACUGCAACCUCAUCUCCGCCCACCAGACCUGAAUGGAGUGAUCCUAUUGGUUACUGCAACCUCAUCUCCGCCCACCAGACCUGAAAUGGAGUGAUCCUAUUGGUUACUGCAACCUCAUCUCCGCCCACCAGACCUGAAAUGGAGUGAUCCUAUUGGCAAGGAACCUCCACCUUGCAAUCCUAUUGGUUACUUCAACCUCAUCUCCGCCCACCAGACCUGAAAUGGAGUGAACCUAUUGGCAAGGAACCUCCACCUUGCAAUCCAAUUGGUUACUGCAACCUCAUCUCCGCCCACCAGACCUGAAUGAAAAUAUAUUAUUAGCCAAGGAACCCUAUCUCCGCCCACCAGGCCUGAACCCAGACAUCCCAUUGGUUGAGGAACCUCAACAUGAUGCACGGCCACUCUCCACUUCUGACUCUACAAUGUCUUCUGACUCUACAAUGUCUUCUGACUCUGCAAUGUCUUCCAGUAUUUUUUUUAUGAGUGGAUUUCAUUUUGGGGUGUUGUCUCUUAAGUGUCUUCGAACACCGUUUGGGUCGUACUGUGUCAAAAAGAUGAACGUCAAAUAAUACCGUUUGACGCGUCAGACGACGUACUCUUGCUCUAAUCCAGUUGGAGUUAAGUUUCAUCUAUUGAUGCUGUAACGGUAGUAUGUGUCUAAACUGCUUCUAAUACAGUUACCCGAGUUACUGGAACACAAGUUACAUAUAACAACUGUGUGUGUGUGUGUGUGUGUGUGUGUGUGUGUUGUGUUUUGAGAUGUCCAAACAUACUUUCUCACCUUUAUCAGGUCCCUAUGCAGACAAGGAGAGGGGGGUGAUCCUGGCCUUGAGAGAGGGAGGGAGGGAGAGAGAGAGGGAGGGAGGGAGAGAGAGAAUAUUAUUACUUAGUUUUUGCUUGGAUUCUAUAGUCGGCAGCAUGUUAGAAUUGUCUCGGCGUCUGCAUGCAUACGUAACGUGUGCCUGCUGCUCUGCCCAAUGUAAAGGGACAUACAUGUAGUUGAAAAGGAAGAUUAAAUGCUCUUCCACUCUCUCCCCACAUAUACUAAGGGGGAGAAAUAUAUUGCCAUGAUUGAUUUUUGGUGUGUGUGUGAGUUUGCUGGUGGAGGGUGUUGCGCCUUGUGUUGUUUUUAUACCAAUGGAUGAUGGUGGUUGUGGGAAUUUGCCUGUGUGUGUGUGUGUGUGUGUGUGUGUGUGUGUUUGCCUUUGUCUGCAUGUGUGUGUCUGUCGGGUUCAGUCUUUGGGUCACCCAGUCCAGAGAGUGUACCAGACAUAUUUUGUAUGUAGAAACUUUAUUGAUUUGUUUCUCUGAGACAGAAGCGAUGUACAGCCUUAUAUUUUUAAGCCACUAAUGUGAUCGUAAUGAUCCUAUGUUACUAAUAAAGAUAUUACAAACGUUGACAAACUGAAUAAAACAGACUACUGGCUAUGAAA